AACACAGAAACGCCCAGCUGCAGAACGCGGAAGUAAGAAUUCACCAGGUUGUGGUAGCUUUUUUAAUACGUUCAUCGAGGAUGUGGGCUACAUUUUAUAUCCGAUUAAUCUAGGACGAUUCGUCUAUUAUAAACGGAGAUUUGUUUUGAACCAAAGUGCGGAAAUGUCAAGUCAGAAGGAAUUGAAGGAGGCGUUCGUCAGUAAUCUGAAUGGGACCAGCCUUGGGGAAGUUGCCCUGGGCUCCUUUCUGGCCCCACUGUGCCUGAUCAGCAGAGGACUGUUUCUGAUUCUAUACCAUCUGGGUAGGGGGGUGCUCCCCCUCCCCUGGAUCGCCCACCUCGUCCUGGACUUCUCCAUGAUCAUACUGCCCCUGGUCUUAUCAUGUACCGUUCUGAGUGACAUCCUUCACCUAGUCAUCCUGGGCCUGACUGUUGUGUCUGGGGCUGUGCUAUGCUAUAUCUACCGUACCAAAAGGCCAACCAGGCCCAGCGCAACGUCUAAGGACACUGCUGCCAAGAGCUUCUUCCAGAGCCAUGUUCAGUGCGACCAGGUGCCCUUUGUGACGAUCUUUCGAGUCCUGGUCAAUGUGAAAACGGCCAUUAGCAUUCUAGCUGUCGACUUCAGCGUGUUCCCAAGACGCUAUGCAAAAACAGAAACCUAUGGAACGGGGGUUAUGGACUUUGGUGUUGGAGCCUAUGUCCUCGCCAACGCCCUGGUCUGCCCAGAGGCACGGAGGAAGGAAGUCUCAGGAUCCAAGUUAAGCCAAGUGGUUAAACAGCUCGUGUCUGUCUGGCCCCUGGUCAUUCUAGGCUUGGCCAGGCUGGUGAGUGUGAAAAUGGCUGGUUACCACGAGCACGUGUCUGAGUACGGCGUGCACUGGAAUUUCUUCUUCACCCUAGCCAUAGUCCGAGUGGCGGCCUCUGUGCUAUUGGCUCUGUUCCCUGUCAACGGGUCAUGGCUCCUGGCCCUUCUGAUUGGAGGACUUUACCAAGUGACCCUGGAGAUGUCUGGACUGAAGUAUUCCAUCAUCCAAAACAAUGACAGGACGGGAGGCUUUCUGCAAGCCAACAUGGAGGGGGUUUCAUCUGUUGUGGGCUACAUAGCCAUCUAUAUGGCAGGGGUCCAGAUUGGACUGUAUGUAAUGCGACCAAGGACACAGGUCAAAGAGUGGAUCAGAGUGAUUUGCAAUCUCUUAUUGGGAAGUGCUGUGUUGUAUACUGGCUUGAUCCUGUGUCAGGCCUCUGUUGAGCCAGUGUCUCGCAGGAUGGCCAAUCUACCGUUCUGCCUCUGGACCAUUGCCCAGUCCAUGUUUUUCUUGUCCUGUUUAGCAACUGCUGAUGUUAUUUUGUUUUUUAUGAAAACGGUAUCAGGUUGCGUAUUGGUGUCGUCGUCCUGGUAUCCUUGUAGAAAGGAAGCUUCUGUAUCUGAGGAGAAAAUGGAGAAGAAAGUUCAGGGACUUUGUCUCAUUCAAGCUGUCAACCGUAAUCAAUUGUUGUUUUUCAUGCUUGCCAAUUUACUGACUGGAAUCACGAAUGUGCUAGUAGAUACAUUCAAUAGUAGUGAUUACAUUUCUGUGUGUGUUUUGCUGUCAUACAUGUUCAUAAAUAGUUUUGCAAUAUAUAUUUUACAUCUCAUGAAAAUCACAGUAAAAUUCUGGUAAGCACAGUGCCAUUCUCUUUACAAUGCCUGCAUGUUCUUCUUAUUUUAAUUAAGUCGUAGACUUAUUACAAUAAACUGUACUGUUUUGUUACAUCGUUUUCCAUAUUAUAGUUGGUGUUAAAGGUCCCGAACAGUCAUUCUGAUUUCCAUGUAAAAUAUCCUUUUGAGUAACUAAAAUAUCACCCAUAAUUUAAUAAAAAAAAUGUCUCUCAUGGCUAACUACCAGGAAGUUAGAAAAUACAGGCUGAGUGGGCAGGGAUCUUAUAUUCAUGAGCUCCCCUUGACAGACAGCUCUUUGAAACGCCUACAUCAAGCAACGUCGACACAGUGUUGCAGUUAAAAUCAUCUCAAGCUAAUUUUGGUGAAACACAAAACAACUCAAAACAUCACUAACCACUUUUUCAUCCAGUUUUAAUGUGGGUAAAGUCAUACCGUAUUAAAAGAAAAUCAUGACAGCUGUGAUGAAAACGGGUAGUUUCAGGACAAUCUUUGUAAAUGCCGAGAGAAUUUGUUUGUUUCGACGUGCUGGGAUCUUUUUGUGUCUGUAAAAUUAAUUAUGUGAGAAAUGGUGUUGGAAAUGCCUUUAUGUGCAAAAAUAUCAAAGUUAACUUGGGAGUCACUCGAUGAUAUGUGGUGUGGUACGCCCACUAUGAUCCCUUGGAACCGUGCAGUGUAUUAGGCUACAGAUUAAAUCAAUGAUGAUGAACUUCACAGGGUGGUGAAAGUGCACGGUGAUGAGUUUAUGCACGAAAUAAGUAUUUGGAUUUACUUCGUUCAAUUUUGGACAGUAGCUACACGUAAUGAAAACAGGUUAUUUUUACUUUAAAUUAUUAUCACAGAUAAACUUAAUUUACUUGUGUUGUUCAAACACUAUUGAAUUGAGAAAUAAUAAAUGUGUCAGAUUCACCAAAUGUAUUUAAGUAUUUUGUGUUUCUAACACAACUGGGUCAGAAAGUAUGCAGUUUAUUAGACUACAGAUGAAAUAAGUUAUUAACUUCACAGGGUGGUGAAUGUGCCCGGUGAUGGACUUGAUGUUCCUUUCCAAUAAAUAUCGAGGGUCUUAUUCUGGUGACAUGAUGAUCGAUGCUUGGCUGCUGUUUAACAAAUACUCUUUUUUAAUCCCAUCAUGUAGACUAUACCCACAUUGUAUCUGCCAGCUGUUGGCUGGAGCGCACAUGCCAAGACCAGAGGGCACAAUCCCUAAUAUAACGCUAAAUGUUUUGUGAGAAAACCUUCAGUAGAGUUGAAAAUGUGAUAGAAACCCAUUUAGCUUGUAUUUUUUAUUUGGUACGUGGGAAUUGAACAGCAAAAGUAAUGUUGAUGUGCACUACGUCAUCACACACAGUCAAGUACAUUUGAUGGAAAAUACAUCUCUGGUGGGGAAAUGCACAUAUUGUUUUUUAAUGCAGAUUUUAGAAUAUUAGCAUGAAAAUCGGUCGCCAUUUGGAUGAAAACCUAGCUACUACUGAUGUCAAUUUGUUUUAUGCUUCUCCCGUUUGGCAUGUCUGUUGCUAUAUGGUUUACAGCAGCACUGACGGGUGUAUUGACAUGACAACUGUGUCAGAGUUUUGACAGUAAUUAGCUAAUACCUUACACAGAUGAAGACCUAGCUAGCCAGUAACAAGCUAACCACCGGUAUCUUCGCCAUAGACGAACAGUAUAAACCACGCCCCUCGGCAAAACACGCCUUCUCCGAUGUUGGUCACAAGGCGGGUCCUUAUUUAAGAGAAUAUCAUGUUACCAUUGGUGUAUUAAAAUGAGAAUUCGGGUGCUGUCAACCUAUCCCCUUUAAUAACCCCGCCUCCUGAAUCCAAGCAUUUGAUAUGGGGAGGGGACCAGUAGCUUUAUGAUCCAACUUUAUCAAUGUAGAAUCAACAGUAAUUUUUCAUAAUUUGGUCAUCAAUAGUUUGGUCUGGUUUCAUCCAAAUAUCAUCACAUUUCGUGAAAAACAUGAUUUUGACUGUUCAUGACCUUUAAAGCAAAAGUUGCCAUUGUAAAUAUUAUGCAAAUAUGUUGUACAAAUAUGAUCUCUUGAUAAUAAACUGCUUUGAAAUGUU